CAUUCCACAAAUAAGAGACAGAGAGGGAACUCCGUCAAUCCAUCAGCGAGAUACAGUGUGGAAGAUGUUGAGACAAGAGAAGGGUUAUUAAGGACAGAUUGGCCGACAACACUACCACAAUUAUCUUUGACAGAUAUUUUGGAAAACCGCUUGUAAUUCAAAGUAAACUUGGUACAAAUAUUCUCUUGACGCCGCAAUGACAGACAGCAGCAGUCCCCCAUUGUCAUCCUACAUCAUGGAUGAGGAAACUCUAAAGCGAAAACAGAAGGAGAAGCUAAAGAAGCUGAUGGCUACAGGAGGCAACCCAAGGCCGACACGCUCUCUCCUCUUCUUGACACUCAGGAAUCCCUUCCGCAAGGCAUGCAUCAAUAUUGUGGAAUGGAAACCUUUUGAAAUCAUAAUCCUGCUGGCCAUCUUUGCCAACUGUGUGGCACUGGCUGUGUACUUGCCCAUGCCUGAGGAAGACAGCAACAACACAAACAGCAACUUGUCAGCAGGCCUGAUGAGAAACAAACACUUAGGUCAUAGGGCCAACAUGCCUGAUAAGGCAUCAGAGGAAAAGGCUAAUUUGGCAAAGAAGUUGGCUGAGCAAAGGGCCAAGGGUGUAGAGGGCAUCCCUACUACUGCCAAGCUCAAGAUAGAUGAAUUUGAGUCUAAUGUCAAUGAGAUCAAAGACCCUUUCCCUCCAGCGGACUUUCCUGGUGAUGAUGAGGAGGAGGACCCUGAGAUCCCAGAGAGCCCCAGACCUCGUCCAAUGGCAGAUCUGCAGUUGAAGGAGGAAGCAGUGCCAAUGCCUGAAGCCAGCUCAUUUUUUAUCUUUGGACCUCAGAACAAGUUCCGGAAGCUCUGCCAUCGUAUCAUCAAUGCAACUACUUUUACCAACAUCAUCCUUCUCUUCAUCCUACUGUCAUCUAUCUCUUUAGCUGCUGAAGAUCCCAUUGACCCCAUGUCCUUCAGGAACCAGGUGUUGGCCUAUGCUGAUAUAGUCUUCACUUCGGUGUUCACAGCGGAAAUUGUGCUCAAGAUGACAACAUACGGUGCCAUUCUUCACAAAGGGUCUUUCUGCCGGAACUCUUUCAACAUCUUGGAUCUUCUGGUAGUCAGUGUAUCUCUCCUCUCAAUGGGCAUGGAAUCCAGUGCCAUCUCAGUGGUGAAGAUUCUCAGGGUGUUAAGGGUACUUCGCCCCUUGAGGGCCAUCAACAGAGCCAAGGGACUUAAGCAUGUGGUCCAGUGUGUGUUUGUUGCUGUCAAGACCAUUGGAAAUAUUGUACUGGUCACCAUGCUACUGGACUUCAUGUUUGCCUGCAUUGGAGUCCAACUUUUCAAAGGCAAGUUCAAUGCCUGCACAGAUCCUGACAAAAUGACUGAGGAAACAUGCAAAGGCUGGUAUAUAAAAUACCAGGAAGGGGCACUUCAUGAAUUGGAGGUCCAUAAGAGGGAAUGGACCAACUCAGAAUUAAACUUUGACAACAUCUUCAAUGGCAUGCUGGCUCUCUUCACCAUUUCUACCUUUGAAGGAUGGCCAAAGAUACUAUACAAAGCCAUUGAUUCAAACUUGGAGGAUAAAGGCCCAGUUUACAACAACCGAGUGGCCAUCUCAAUCUUCUUUAUCAUCUACCUCAUCCUUAUCGCCUUCUUCAUGAUGAAUAUAUUUGUGGGCUUUGUCAUUGUCACCUUCCAGGAGCAAGGAGAACAGGAAUAUAAGAACUGUGAGCUGGACAAAAAUCAG